AUGGCGAUGGCAGACUGCUCUGCCACCGGAUACACUCAGGAGAUACUUCCACGUAACGGCCACUUUUCCUCGCAGCCACCACCUGGCGCUGGGGCCGGGCUCCCGGGCUGGCUGGCAGCCCCCCUAGCACGGCUCGCCUCGGCGGGGCUGGGACGCAGGGCCCCGUGCUCCGAGGAGCCGAGCGGCCCCGGGCCGGGGGAAGGCGCGGGCCUCCCUCCCGCGGCCGGCGCGUCACGCCCCGUCAGCAGCGCCGGGUCCCCCCGACCCUCCGCCGCCAGCCUGGCACCGCCCGAGCCCGCGCCACCGCCCAGCCCAGGGAGGGCUCCUGAGCGGCUGCCGCGGGGCUCUGCCCGCGCUCAGCAGGGCUGGGAUGGCACCACGCACGCUGCCCCCACAGCGCCCGCCCCGCGCCUGCCGGCCUCCCCCGGCCCCGCGGAGCCGCCUCCCAGCGCCGCGGCCCCCGGCCCCGGCCCGGCUCCCCCGCCGCCCGGCGGGAAGGGCCGCCCCGCUCUCACCUGCGCUCCCGCGGCCUCCGCUCCCCGGCGCGGCCGAGGGCGGCGGGCAGCAGCCGGCCCCUCCCCCUCGGUUUCAUAA